UGUUCCUCUGGGUUCUUCGGGCUCAGGGCCUUGAGGGCAUAAAUGACUCAAUCCGCCUACCGACCAGUCUCCAUUUCCCUCCCCGUGGGACUUAAGGGACUUAAACCCUCUAGUGGUUUCAGGUUCAUUUUUUACUUAGAGACCCGGAUUCUGAAGAGUGGAGAAACUGAAGCAGAACAUGAGAUUCUGCGUGACGGGUCAGACCCCGGAGGCAGACUCUAUACCCUUAGAAAAGCCAAAGACUACCCAAGCCAAACGAAGAAGAAACCACUCGGGUCCUGGCAGGCAGCUGGGGAGAACAAGGCACCGCCCACGCGGCUGGGGAAACUUUGGGGCGGUGCCGGGGGCGGGGUCCUGGUGAAGGGCGGGACAGACCCGGACGGCGGGAGUGCCAGCCUAGGCUUGCGCGGCAGAAGUGGUAGAAGUGGCCCUUGCCCGUGGUCUCGUUCGUUUGUGCGCCACUUUGGCACCAUGGAGGGGACCCAAGAAGCUCUGAGUGGGAAAAUGCGGCUCGUUUUCACCCCUGCUGCUCGGACCAGCCUUAUGAUGCUUAGGCUCAACGAGGCGGCGCUACGGGCACUGCAAGAGUGUCAGCAGCAACAGGUACGGCCUGUGAUCGCUUUCCAAGGCCACCGAGGGUAUCUAAGGCUUCCAGGUCCUGGAUGGUCCUGCCUCUUCUCCUUCAUAGUAUCCCAGUGUGGCCAAGAGGGCACUAGUGGUGGCUUGGAUCUUGUGUACCAACGUUUAGGCAGAUCUGGGCCGAACUAUCUCCACUGCCUGGGCUCACCGAGAGAGCGACUCACUAUUUGGGCAGCCAUGGAUACUAUCCCAGCCCCACUGUUAGCUCAUGAACACCUGACUGAAGAUCCCAGAGAGUCUGAGAGUUGGCAGGACACUGGAGAUGCUCCUGAAGGCCAUCCCCAGAUGGCACUAGAAGAGGUAUCUGACCCACUGGCAAGCAACCACGGACAGUCACUCCCAGGAUCCUCCAGUGAGCCCAUGGCACAAUGGGAAGUGAGGAACCACACCUAUCUUCCAAACAGAGAGCCGGACCAACCACCGCCUUCCCCUGCCAACCUGAAACGCCUGGACAAGAAACGUUCAGCACCUAUAACCACUGAAGAACCAGAGGAAAAGAGGCUCAGAGCUUUGCCUCCUGCCCCAAGUCCACAAGGGCUAUCAAAUCAGGACUCCCAAGAGGGAGGAAACUGGGUGCAAGAUGAAGAUGGAGAUUCCACGCUGGAGCAGAGUCUCUCGGAUCAAGCAGCCUCUGAAUCCCCAAGCCCCAAGGAGGUACCAGAUUAUCUCCUGCAAUACGGAGCCAUCCACAGCACAGAGCAGCAACAGGCCUACGAGCAGGACUUUGAGACAGACUAUGCUGAAUACCGUAUUCUGCAUGCCCGUGUUGGGGCUGCCAGCCAAAGGUUCACAGAGCUGGGGGCGGAGAUCAAGAGACUUGAGCGAGGAACCCCAGAACACAAGGUGCUAGAAGAUAAAAUAGUCCAGGAGUAUAGAAAGUUCAGGAAGCGGUAUCCAAGCUACCAAGAGGAGAAGCAUCGCUGUGAGUACCUGCAUCAGAAAUUGUCCCACAUUAAAGGUCUCAUCCUGGAGUUUGAGGAAAAAAACAGGGGCAGCUGAAACCAUGCAGAGGCCUUUCGAGCCUGUGCCCAGUGAUAAACAACACAGCUCUAAGGUGGAGCAGCACAUCUGCUUUUCUGAUUUUGACCCUUCCAUCCAAGGUGGCAAGCAGAGAGUCAUGCUAGGUUCUUGCAGUUUGGUUUUUGUUAUUGCCGUUAAUUUUGUAGGGUGUGGGCAUGGAGUCAAGUCUCCUCAGCUGUGCCCAGGAGACUAGAAAAGUAGCAGACACUUGGCUUCCUCAACUCUACUUCAGCUAAGUCAUUUUCAGAUC